UUUAGAUAUAUCAUGACAUAUUUUUAUAGGACAACACUGCUUCAUUCAUCUAAAACCUUUCACUUUCUUUCAACUUAACAUAAUGAGGCACUCGGGAAACUUGCGUUGGGUACCUCAGCAAAAUCAACAAGUCAAAAAACUUGCAAUAAUUGGUGCUGGUGCCGGAGGUUCUUCAGCUGCCUAUUGGAUUUCAAAUGCUUUUGUGAAUUCUUCUGUUAAAGUCGAUACUACAGUUUAUGAACAAUCGUCACGCAUUGGUGGACGUACUGAAAUUAUUAAUUUUGAACGCGAUGGUAUAACCAUCCCUAUCGAGUUGGGAGCAUCUAUUUUUGUUGAUGUUAAUUAUCAUAUAGUAG